AUGCGGCGAUCUGUUCUUGUUGUGGUUUGGUUCAUUGUUUUUGUAGUAUUUUGUAAGGAAAAACCAUCGAAAGUCAAACAAGUUGAAGAAGAAGAAGAAGAAGACGGUGAAGAGGAUACUGAAGAUAUUUGCCCGUUUCCUUGGCAAACCCAUGAUCAAAACGUUCUUGCUCAGUAUUCAAUGUGCAGUGAAGUCAUGAAUGACGGUGUAAAAUGUACACCACACGAUCCCAUAGAGUGUACUGGCCGUAAUCCAAGCUGUGUUUUUUCAAAAGUCACAAACGAUCAUAGAUGUUGUGCAGAUGUACCACAGGAUUUGAGCAAUCCACCUGGUAUUCCAGAACAAGUGAAACCAAUAUGCCCUUACGGAGCUUCUUCUUAUGAUCUACCAUCGGUUCUCCUUUGUGAUCCAUCUGAAGACAAAGCAUGUCCAGAGAUGUACACCUGUGAGCAAGCUGUGAACCACCAGAUGCUUACGACAUACAAUAUGCACUUGUGUUGUAAGACGAGCACCUUGGAUUCUUUUGAAAAUGUUUUCUAUGAAACUAAGGUUGGAAUCAACAAAAUGUCAUCAAACUUGUCUAUGCCAAUAUUCUAUGUGACACAAUUAUCUCCAUCAAUUGUUCCCAUCGCUCCUAGUGGAGGGAUUGAUUAUGUUGUUCUCAACGAAUACAUCCCCACCAAAAGCAAAUCAAACACCCCAGAAAUCAGAACUGGCGACCAUUUUGCAAUGUUGCCUUAUAGAUUUAGGGAACCUGUCUACUUGAAGAAGGUUUUCCUUUUCCAUGAGCCAAUGCCUAACUUUUUCUUCCAUGUAUUGGUUUUGUUCAAUCCUCACGGAAAUCCUGAAUCUAUGAACCUCUACUACAAUAGACCAUCUUCAUUAUCCAGGGAAAUCGAUUUGUCCGUUCCAGUUUGGGAUGAAGGGGUAUUCUUCAGAAACAUGAAUCGAGUCCUGACCAUUCAAUCAGAUCAAACUUCUAGCAGACAAAUCCGCCGGUUAUACAUCGUCCUCGUGUUUAAAACAAAGUUCCGAAUUACAAAACGACACCCACAAACUUGGAAUGAUUUACAUGCAAAUUACACUACGUUUACAGAGUUUCUAGGAACAGAAACAGGAAAACAGUUGGGUAAUCCAAUGGCCGGAACAUACUACUAUAUUACAAAAUAA